AUGACGCCUAUAAGAUACUCAUACAAGGAAAUUAAGAAGAUGGCUAACGGAUUCAAAGACAAGUUGGGUGAAGGAGGAUAUGGCUCUGUGUUUAAGGGAAAACUCUCUAGUGGACCGUAUGUGGCAAUAAAAAUGUUAGGAAAAUCAAAAGGAAAUGGACAAGACUUUAUCAGUGAAGUAGCAACCAUUGGAAGAAUACAUCAUCAAAAUGUGGUGCAAUUAAUUGGAUUUUGUGUUAGUGGCUCAAACCGUGCUCUUGUGUAUGAAUUCAUGUCCAACGGAUCUCUUGACAAAUUUAUUUUUUUCAAAGAGGGAAGUGUAGAUUUAAGCUAUGACAAAAUAUACAAUAUAUCAGUGGGAGUGGCUCGUGGGAUUGCUUAUCUCCAUCAUGGGUGUGAGAUGCAGAUUUUGCAUUUUGAUAUCAAACCCCAUAACAUCUUACUCGAUAAAAACUUCAUUCCAAAGAUCUCAGACUUUGGAUUGGCAAAGUUAUAUCCAAUUGAUAAUAGCAUUGUAACAAUGACAGUAGCAAGAGGGACAAUUGGAUAUAUGGCUCCAGAACUAUUCUACAAAAAUAUUGGAGGAAUAUCACAUAAGGCUGAUGUUUAUAGCUUUGGAAUGCUUUUAAUGGAGAUGGCAAGCAAGAGGAAAAAUCUGAAUCCCCAUGUAGAACGGUCAAGCCAACUUUACUUUCCCUUUUGGAUUUAUAAUCAUAUCAGAGAAGAUGAAGAUAUAGAAAUAGAUGAUUUGACAGAAGAGGAAAAGAAAAUAGCAAAGAAAAUGAUUAUAGUGGCACUUUGGUGUAUACAAUUGAAACCAAAUGACCGUCCCUCCAUGAAUAAGGUAGUGGAAAUGUUAGAAGGUGAUAUUGAAAGCUUAGAAAUACCUCCAGAGCCCACUCUAUAUCCUGAUGAAAUGAAUACAGAGGAUCAAACAAUCAGCACAAUGUCCAGUAGCUUUGAAACGUUCUCGUGA